AUGCAUGCAUGUGUGUGUGUGUGUGUGUGUGUGCGUGCGAGGGAGUGCGCGGCUGAGGAGGGGAACGCGAGAAGGGCCAGGGCGCGCUCCAGCAGCCUCGCUCGCCUAGCCAGCACCAUGUCGGGCCGGUCGGUCCGAGCCGAGACCAGGAGCCGGGCCAAAGAUGAUAUCAAGAGGGUCAUGGCGGCCAUCGAGAAAGUGCGCAAAUGGGAGAAGAAGUGGGUGACUGUAGGCGACACGUCCCUACGGAUCUAUAAGUGGGUCCCCGUUACAGAGCCGAAGGUAGAUGACAAAAAUAAAAGCAAGAAGAAGGGUAAAGAUGAGAAAUGUGGGUCCGAGGUGACCACCCCAGAGAACAGUUCGUCCCCGGGAAUGAUGGACAUGCACGACGACAACAGCAACCAGAGCUCCAUAGCUGACGCGUCCCCGAUUAAGCAGGAGAACAGCAGCAACUCCAGCCCAGUGCCGGAGCCGAACUUGGCAGCACAAGGCGAUGGCCCGGAAGCCAAGUCCGACGAGGUCCACGCGGAGCCCAAGGAGCAGCCCGGAUCAGAAGAUACUUCUGAUGAGCAGAAUUCACAGUCCUCAAUGGAAAAUUCAAUGAACAGUUCGGAGAAAGUCGAAAUACAACCCUCUGGGGACAACGAUAUAACCACAGAAGCAUCAAAUAACUCUCAGGAUUUGGAAGGAGCACCACCUUCUAAAAAGAUGAAACUAGAGGCUUCCCACCAAAAUUCCGAUGAGAUUUAGACACGGAAGUAGAUUUUUCCAAUCCCAUUUUUACCGAAGGUACACCAGUGGGGGCUUCACUCUAGAACACCCUGACCUACGCAGCUUCUCAUGGAUGAGAACAGAACUCCUAACUUUUUAAAAGUUUACUGAGCAAAAAAAGAAAAAAAAAGAAAAAAAAAUUCCAAGGAGACCUAGGAAGAUGUGACUUCUCUCAGACACUGAAAAAAAUACAAAAUGGAACACUGAUUUAUUUUAUUUUAUUUUUUUUUCCUGUGAAAGCAAACGUUCAGAAGUUCUAAGUUACUGUCUUUGGCAAGAUUGGAGUCACCAACUCAGGAGGGUCUAAUGCACUGUUUCUUUUAAAAAAAAAAAAAAAAAAAAAAAAAA